GCAAAAAUUUUCUUGCGAGCAUUUCGGUUUUGUGUACAAAUAUCAGCCAGUCCUCAACAAAAUGAAGGUUAUCUACAACACUUUGUUCAAAAGGACCUCCACCUUUGCCGUGGUCGUCAUUGGCUCUGCCUUCUUCUUUGAACGUGCCCUCGAUGUUGCUUCCGAAAGCUUUUUCGAGUCCGUCAACAAAGGCAAAUUGUGGAAGGACAUCAAGCACAAGUACGAAUAAGUUGUAGCAGAAUUGUUAAGCUCUUAAGAAAAUUUUA